UGAAGUUGCUCUGGUCCGGAAGUUGUUUCUUAGGAGGAAAAAAAAGUGACUCCGGACUGUGUUUCGUAAAUUUGUGAUAAACUGGUAACAUUUAAUUUUUAUAGGACGUCAGAGCGUGAUGGCCAUCCAGUUAAAAGACAAAGAAGCGUACCAAAGACUAAAUUAUCUUCACCAGGCUGCACACUGUGUUUUAGCUCACAACCCGAGCAAUGUGGAACUGGCUCGUUUCUACAGUUUCACACAGAAAACUAUCGCCAGACGUUUGGUUCUCAGACAGGACCCAUCAGUGAAGAGAACAAUUUGCAAGAAAUGUUGCUCGUUGCUUAUUCCGGGUGUUACAGCAACAACAAGACAACGAAGAAAAAACAAAAAGACUCGCUUCACUGUGCUGAGGUGUCUCAGCUGCGGUCAGAGCAAAUCUCUACUGAAUAAUCCAGAUUACCGUUUAUGGGUGGACCGACCCGAGGCCCAGCUGGAGCAGCAAAAGCAGCCGGGUCCAAGCAUGUCUGCUAAAAAUGAGCCAAAAAACACAAAGUCCGAUGGGUCACAGUCCUCCACACUUCAUGUGGCUCCUGCCAGAACAUAGCAGCAACGUCUCCUUGGUUUGGCUUUUUGUAUAAAACAUGUCUAUUUGAAGUAUAUAUUUACUGAAUGGUAGUUUUUGAUAUUAUUUCAAACAAUAAACUGUUUUCUGUUCAUUUCAGUGAUCUUGCUAAAUCUGAAAUCAAUAACUUUAAUAAGCCGAAGAUGGCAGAUUGUUUUUCAAAAAGUGAAAGUUUUUGUCUUUAAACUAGCCUACACAAUUUAUCUAUUAAAUAGAAGUCCCACAACUAA